AUGUUUUCGAGCUUGCGUAUGGGGGAAGUUAUUCGCGAGAAAGUUCAAGAUGGUGUGACCGGCGAGACUCGAGAGAUGCAAUACACUCAGUGCAAGAUUGUGGGCAAUGGCUCCUUUGGCGUGGUUUUCCAGACCAAGCUUUCUCCAAACGGGGAAGAUGCUGCCAUUAAACGUGUGCUCCAAGACAAGCGUUUCAAGAUUAUGCGCAUUGUGCGUCACCCGAAUAUCGUCGAGCUCAAGGCAUUUUACUACUCCAACGGAGAACGGAAAGAUGAGGUUUAUCUUAACCUCGUCCUCGAAUUCGUGCCAGAGACCGUCUAUCGUGCUUCUCGCUACUUUAACAAGAUGAAGACCACCAUGCCUAUGCUUGAAGUCAAGCUCUAUACUUACCAGCUUUUCCGAGCCCUCGCAUACAUCCACUCACAAGGUAUCUGUCACCGUGACAUUAAGCCUCAGAACCUUCUUCUAGACCCAAGCACUGGUGUUCUCAAGCUCUGCGAUUUUGGAAGCGCCAAGAUUCUCGUUGAGAAUGAGCCCAAUGUCUCAUACAUUUGCUCUCGUUACUACCGUGCCCCGGAGCUGAUCUUUGGAGCCACUAAUUACACUACUAAGAUUGAUGUGUGGUCCACUGGAUGUGUCAUGGCAGAAUUGAUGCUGGGCCAGCCAUUGUUCCCCGGUGAAUCUGGCAUCGACCAACUUGUCGAGAUUAUCAAAGUCCUCGGUACUCCGACCCGUGAGCAAAUCAAGACCAUGAACCCCAAUUAUAUGGAGCAUAAAUUCCCGCAGAUCAAACCUCAUCCGUUUAACAAGGUCUUCCGAAAGGCUUCGCCUGAGGCUAUCGAUUUGAUCACCGCCCUUCUUGAAUAUACCCCGACUCAACGCCUUUCUGCUAUUGAGGCUAUGUGCCACCCCUUCUUUGACGAAUUGAGGAAUCCGAAUACUCGCUUGCCUGACUCGCGUCAUCCAAAUGCCCCUAACCGUGAGAUGCCGAAACUUUUCAACUUCACUCGUCACGAGCUUUCCAUUUCUCCUCCAUUGAAUCAGAGAUUGGUUCCUGCUCAAGCCAAGUCCGAGCUUUUUGCCUCCGGUAUCGAUCUUGAUAACUUUGUUCCACUCAAGAAAGAGGAAAUGAUUGCACGCCUUGACUGA